AUAAAUAUUUUAAAAAUUUGUGGCAAAAUGCAAAAUUCAGAAAUGGCGAAUAUUCUUCAUCGACCAAUAAGAGCGUUGACUUUUCCACCUACUAGUACAAUGGGUAUCUUUUUUGCAUUAGCUGUACCAUUAGAAGCUCCACAAAAUUCAAUUUCAUUGUCUUACUUUUUCGAAGCCACUUACGGUCUUCCAAACAACCUAACUGAUUUUGGCCCCUUAACUGAAUCCUAUCCUCAAAGGAAAAAAAGGAGCAUCGACAGAAAAACCAUUUAUGAACUCAUGGAAAAUAAAUUCUUAAGUGUUGGAUUUUCUGGAAGAGGAUGCUUGUUGAGGUCAAUCUGCGAAACGUCCGAACAGUCUCUGCGACACAAUGGAGUCUUGGGAGAUGUAUUUCAUGUUCUUUUCACACCAUCAUCAUCUCAAAGGGAAAAUCUGCCACAGGAUAUAUUUGACGCUGAACUAGUUGGACGCAAUGGAUCCUGUUUGAAAUACAAUCUUCUUUGUCCUUUGGGACUCUUUGACUUGAUAGCAAUCUUUGGGUCAGAAUGAAAUAUGGCAGUAAAUUAAAUUUCGAAAAUACUUGUUACAUAUAUGGUGAUAUAUUGCAAAUGAAAUAAAAAAAUUACUUGCUUUUUUUUGUAAAUCGAAUGAAAAACAAUCUUGAUCGAGAACCAGAUUUCAAAAAAUGCUGUUUUUCUGAAAUGUUACAUAUAAAAAAUAACAAAAAUACUAUUAAGAGAAAAAAUGAUAUUUUAUGCUUAAACAAAAUUUACUUUCCUAUAAUUGAAAGAUUAGAUUCAUGACUUGUCUUCACUUUUAUUUGUCGCAUUGUUUAUAUUUGAGUUCAUUCACCCUGUCAUCGUCAUUAUUCGCAUCAAACUUAUAAUAUUUAUUGUUAGUUUCGAAAAUUCGCUUGCCAUGAUAAGACACAAAAUUUCAUAUUCAUUUGACUAAUUACAAAAAAUGUAAUUUUAAUUUUAUACUUGGUAAUUGACUUAUUUAUGUAAUUUAUUGUGAAUACUGUGUUUUUGUGUAUCUUAGUUGUUUUUUAUU